GCCACCCCAGAGUUCUUCUGCUCCUUGGUUCUGUGAUUGGCUCUGGGCUUCAUGGCGCUCUGGGUGACUGCUGUCCUGGCUCUCGCCUGCCUUGGUGGUCUUACCGCCCCAAGCCCGGUGCGGCGAUCCAUGUCUCCCCCUUCGGCCCUUAAGGAGCUUAUUGAGGAGCUGAGCAACAUCACACAAGACCAGAGGACUCCCCUGUGCAAUGGCAGCAUGGUAUGGAGUGUGGACCUGGCAGCUGGCGGGUUCUGUGCAGCCCUGGAUUCCCUGACCAACAUCUCCAGUUGCAACACCGUUUACAAGACCCAGAGGAUACUUAACGGGCUCUGCACCCGCAAGCCCUCUGCUGUGGUUUCCAGCCUCCAUGAUACCAAAAUCGAAGUGGCCAAGUUUAUAACAACACUGCUCACCUACUCAAGGAAACUUUAUCGCCACGGCCCCUUCCACUGAAGAGAGAAAAACACACAGACGGGCCCUGGACAUCUCCGUGGUGGAGCCAUUUUUCUUUCUCACGUCUGACAUUUCUUGGGGAGGCGGGGAGGAGGGUUGGGGAGGAAUACAACUACUACAACAAACCAGAGCAUGACAGCGGGUCCAGCCUAUGGCCUGCUUUACA